UGAGAUCAAUCACAAGCAGUUCGGCAGUUCAACCGAGAACAACCUAGAGAACAACUUUUCCCGGUGUACGAUCGAUUGAAGAUCACCCAAAACCCAUCAAAACAUCAUGAAGUGUGCAACGAUCAUCUGUACCGUCGUCGUGGUCGUCCUGGCGGCACUGGCCAAUACGAGCGUUCAGGCAGCUCCCGAGGAGCAUCUUGCCAGUUUGAAUACUCUCCUGGAUGAGCUGCCCGAGGAGACGCAUCAUGCGGCGGUCGAGAACCUUCGGGCCAAACGGGCAACCUGCGAUCUGGCCAGCGGGUUCGGUGUUGGCAGCAGCCUUUGUGCCGCUCACUGCAUCGCCCGCCGCUACCGGGGCGGAUACUGCAACAGCAAGGCCGUCUGCGUGUGCCGCAACUAAACCCCUCGACAAGGCGAAACUUCCCAUGCGCCCACGCGGGAUAUUGUGAGAAUCCCACGACACUAAACGGUUCCAAGUUCCUUCAAGAGGCGAUCACAUACACCAUUCAACCAUCCAAGCGCGUAGAGUAGCACCAAAAAUUGUCCAUAGCAAUUAAAAUUUAAGUUUCGUAUCGGAGAAAUAAAAACGUCGCAAACGUGUUGUAAACGUA